CAGACGCUUUUUGUUGGAAUUCCAGCUCUGCCAUUUCUGGCUCUGAGCCUCUGGUCCUCAGUUUUCUCAUCUGUAAAACAGGAAUAAUAACAGUGCCUCCAACCUCAGGACUCGUGAAGAUUAACUUUGAUAACCCAUGUCCGCCUCCUGGGCAUGUGCUAUCAUUUCUGUUAUCAGUGAUGCAGUCUCCACUCUCCCCUCCCCUUUCCCUAGUUCCUCCGACCCAUGGCUCCACCAGGCUGGGCCAAGAUAAAAUGUUCCUGGCACCACUAUCUCCCUGGGGUGUUGUUGCAGCUGCUUUUGGCCCUGUGCUUCUUCUCCUACCUGUGUGUGUCCCAAGACAAGCCCAGGUGGUCCCCUGAGUCUGGGGCCACCAUGGUGGGAUCACCCACCAGUGCUCUCAAUGAGUCAGCUGGGCCAAUGGCCUUCAAAGGGGCCCCCUGCCAGGCCACUGCAGGGCCCUCCACCUGCCCGCCCCUGCUCCUCCUGCUGUGGACAUGGCCAUUCAACGUCUGGGUGGCUCUCUUCUGCUUGGAGAUGCGACCCGGCACCCACGACUGCCAGCUGACCGACAACCGCAGGGAGUACCCUCGAGCGGAUGCGGUCCUCGUGCAUCACCGAGAGGUCAGCUCCAGGCCCAAGGCGCAGCUCCCACCUUCCCCGCGGCCACCCGGCCAGCGCUGGGUCUGGUACAGCAUGGAAUCGCCCAGCAACUCCCCACAGCUGAAGACCCUGGACGGAUACUUUAAUCUCACCAUGUCCUACCACAGGGACUCGGAUAUCUUCAUGCCGUACGGCUGGCUCGAGCCAUGGCCUGGCCAGCCUGUUGAAGCGCUGGUCAACGUCUCAGCCAAGACCAAGCUGGUGGCCUGGGUGGUGUCCAACUGGAGGGCGGACUCGGUCAGGGUACGGCACUACCAGACGCUGCAAGCUCACCUCCAGGUGGGCGUGUACGGGAGGCGCCACAAGCCGCAGCCCCGGCAGGUCAUGACCCAGCAACUGUCCCAGUACGAGUUUUACCUCGCUUUCGAGAACUCCUUGCACCCCGACUACAUCACGGAGAAGCUAUGGAAGAGCGCCCUGCAGGCCUGGGCCGAGCCCGCAGUGCUGGGCCCCAGCAGGAGUAACUACGAAGAGUUCCUGCCCCCCGAAGCCUUCAUCCACGUCGACGACUUCAAGAGCCCCAAGGACCUGGCCCAGCACCUGCUGGCGCUGGACAGAGACCCGGCCCGCUACCUGAGCCACUUCCGCUGGCGGGAGAUGCUGCGGCCUCAGUCCUUCAGCUGGGCCCUGAUGUUCUGUAAGGCCUGCUGGCGGCUGCAGCAGGAGCCCAGCUACCAGACGGUGCCCAGCAUCACCUCUUGGUUCACCUAAGCAGGCCAGCGGGGGCGGGGGCUGCUGGGAACCUCACCUGCUGGGAAUCUGAGGACCUUGGUUGCUGGAACUCUCACUUACUUGGGACUUCACCCAGGGCACCUCUGCU